AUGUCAACCACUAGUACGGUUCCUUCAGAUAUAGCAUCUACAUCAGCAUCCACUGCUGCAAUGUCAACCACUAGUACGGUUCCUUCAGAUAUAGCAUCUACAUCAGCAUCCACUCCUGCAAUGUCAACCACUAGUACGGUUCCUUCAGAUAUAGCAUCUACAUCAUCAGCAUCCACUGCUGCAAUGUCAACCACUAGUACGGUUCCUUCAGAUAUAGCAUCCACAUCAGCAUCCACUGCCUGCAAUGUUCCUUCCAUAUACAUCUACAUCAGCAUCCAUCAGCAAUCCACUACGGUUGCAAUAGCAUCUACAUCAGCAUCCACUCCUGCAAUGUCAGCCACUAGUACGGUUCCUUCAGAUAUAGCAUUAACAUCAGCAUCCACUCCUGCAAUGUCAACCACUAGUACGGUUCCUUCAGAUAUAGCAUCCACAUCAGCAUCCACUCCUGCAAUGUCAACCAGUGGUUCCUUCAGAUAUAGCAUCCACAUCAGCAUCCUCCCUUCCUUCAGAUACCGUUCCUUCAGAUAUAGCAUUACAUAUCAGCAUCCACUCCUGCAAUGUCAACCACUAGUACGGUUCCUUCAGAUAUAG